UUUUUAUAAUGCUUGAAGAAAAUAUAAAAAUUUGGGGUCCAUUUGGGGAAUUAGCUUUAAUGUGGUGUGAGGCAUUCAUGGAUGAUAAUGAUUUUACAGUAUUGAUGAUUUACCUUUAAAAAAGGAAAUGGUUGAUAAAAGAUUCAGAACUUUAAGCUGUGAUUUAAGAAUAUGAUAGAAUGGGUUUAGCUGAUAUGAGGCAAUCUGCUAUGUAAUAAUGAAAUUAAAUCAUUUUUUAGGAAUUUACAAAGUUUUGGAAUUUUAAAGCUAGAUGAAAGAAAAAACAAUAAUUUUUAAAGAGACAACCAUUUUUAAACAAUGCAAAUUAAUUAAGAUUUUGUAGAUUGUUUAGAUAGAUAAUGUUAAAUUUUAUAAGAAAAGUGGAAAUUUGAAAAAACUGAGGUUGAAAAACAAGAGCUGAAUUAAACUAGUAGGUAUUGUAGCAUUUGCAAUAAAUAAUAUACUUUAAAUGAAAUAUUUUUGAAUUAAAUGAAAAGAUGUAAUAAAUAUGGUUGUGAAAAUGGAAGUUUGAUUGAUUCUUAAAUGGAUGAACUAAGAAAAAAAGUAUAUUUUAUUUAUUUAUUUAUUUUAGCAUGUUUUAGUUUUGGAACGAAUUUUGGAGAAAAUAAAGAAUGCUAUAUCAAUUUGUAAAUUAGAACCAUUUCCAACUAUCAAUGAUAUUGAAUAAUCAAGAUCAAUGGUGAUAGAAUUAUAAUAACAAAGUAAUAAUUUACUUUAGCUAGAAUUUCUGGAUCUUGAAGUAGAAAAGCAUUGGAAUGAGAAUAAAAAGUAAUAAAUAAAUAAAAUAUUUAAAAUGCCAAUAUGUAAAAAGAUAAAUGCAUAUGUUUAACAGAAAAAAUAAUUUUUAUCUAAUAAAAUGAAUAUUGAAUGA